AAUGACGACAGAAUAACCGAACGGCUCGACACACAAUACGCAAUAUAUAAAAAUGUCCCUAAAGCGAAUUAAUAAAGGUAAGUCAUCGACUCCAAAUAAAUACUUUCUCCUGCACGAAGGACCAGUCGAUAACGGCARUGGUAUGAGACAAUGACGUGAAUCUGACRUAUUUUUCGCUAUCCCUGUAUUUAUACCAGAACUUGUCGAUUUGGGCAAAGACCCACCGGCCAACUGUUCCGCAGGGCCUGUUGGAGAUGAUAUGUUCCAUUGGCAAGCAACAAUCAUGGGACCAGAUGACUCCCCAUAUGCCGGAGGAGUCUUCUUUCUCGAUAUCCACUUUCCUGCGGACUACCCAUUCAAGCCUCCAAAGGUCCACUUUACUACCCGUAUCUAUCACUGUAACAUCAACUCAAAUGGAGGCAUCUGCUUGGACAUUUUGAAGGAUCAGUGGAGUCCUGCUUUGACCAUCAGCAAGGUUCUCCUCUCGAUCUGCAGUCUUCUCACCGACCCAAACCCUGAUGAUCCCUUGGUUCCAGAUAUCGCUCAACUGCUCAAGACAGACAGAGCAAGACACGAUAGUACGGCCCGAGAAUGGACUUCGAAAUACGCGAUGUAGUCAAAAGUAACAAAGCAUAGUGUGGCGUACGUCACAUCAUCCUAGCAUACAGCAUGGAACACAAACAGCACGUAAUACUGCAUUGAUUGAUUGAUUUUGAAAUAAAACUAGAUUUUCAGAAGGAACAAAGAAAGCGACUGGAUCGAUUAUUGUUCGUCUGAAAGUUCCCCUCGGGAGAGCAAGGCUCAAUCGACUGUGACUUUUUGGUGUGCGGUGAUGUUGUUGCUGCUGUUUUUGUCGUCUGUUUGAAGUCAUCCUUGAUUGAACUUUCUGCGCAGUCCCUUUCAAAAGAACGAGGACAAGCUGUUUUCGAAAUCCCAAUUUGUUUUAUGCGCAUCAUAACCUUCUUAACGCGGGUUGAUCGCAUCGAGUUCUAAUUUCCUGUGUGGAACGUAGCACAAUUGUAUGGCCAGUCGAAAGUUUGCGCAUCUAAUCCGUGYAAGGCAGGCUUKGGUGUCUGACAGGCAUGACCACUAAUGAAUCUGUCUGACUGACUCGUUUGAARUGGUUUGGCGCAACUGCUUUCGUCCCGUGACAUGCGCUUGAGGGGAUGAGAAUAGUAUUUUACYACGAAAACAACCUUCAUUAGCUUUCGGUUCCGUCAAAAGAAUUGGCCUCGACCACUACGAUAGAGWURUUCUUAAAAAUUCAAAUACUGAAUUGCAACGAUUUGAUUAUAGUGGAUAUAUUUGAAAAAGCUUUGGUUACUUCGGCGACCAGAUGUGACUAACCGAAUUCUGUUUCCCAAAAUAUGAUCUGCUGCUCCCUAUUCCUUCGCUUGUAUCAAGGAGUCUAUCAAAAGAGGAUGCAAGCGAUAACYGCAAGAYAACUGUUCUCGACAAAUGAAACUCUUGCCUUUGGCUUCGUAUCGCAAAAAGGACCCUUCCACCUGUAUUURAAAAAAUAUUUUGUUCUCUUUCGUUUCUCCCUUCGUCUCUUGCAGGAACAUUUUUKCCGURGCUCUUUUCUCUAGAUUAGAUUCCGAGUUGACCGUAACCGGGAAUGCGCUCGAUCUUGGCAAAGUCCCACUCCUUGUUGCAAAGAGGACAAACACUACGCGUCUUCAGCCAUCGCUGGAURCAAUCGAGAUGGAAGACAUGGCCGCAGUUUCCAAAGGCAAUGGACAGUCCGUUAUCGUUCGUCGGAGACGGGUUCGCCUGGUACUCGAUAGAGGGCUCAUUGAGUGAGUUUCUGCAGAUGGCGCACUGUUGUCGAYGUCGUAGUUGUCGUGUUUGUCGUGCGAURCGUAUUUUUGGUUCGGACGAAAAAGAAAACAGAGUUGGAAUCCAUCAAUCCGUGAUCAGGUUGCAAUGAUAAUUAUCACACCAAAGCCUCUACUAARAGAGGAUCACGUCGUACRGYUUCUUUGGAUGUUKURUAUUUUCACUUACCGUAUCAGCGCAGAUAUCCCAUGACCACAUUGCUACCGCAUUCCAUUUCUUGAUCUCGAAUCGAGGAGCAGCUCCCGGUGCAGCCUUUGCUGCUGGUUUUGCCUGAAAUAUGUAUGCGUGGUGAGUGUUUGACAUURCAUUUCCAAUCAAGARUUAUUACGGCGMAGAGGAACAACGGGUGAGUAAAAUAGCUUAGAAACGCACACGAGAUUGGACAGUCGCUCGCAACCUUGGGUGGAUUGCCAGUGUUUUGAUCAGUCAUUCCUUUGAUCGCAAUCACGAACGGACAACGCUUACUGGUGCUGGGUCAGCCGCCGCGUCUUCCAUGGGAACGUCAGCACUUGCACUUGCUUCCUCGGCCAUUAUUUCUGUUGCGAUGUUUACAAUUUAAUAUACGAAGAAGGCCCAG